AUGGAAAUGAUAGAGGCUCAAAAAGAUUUUGAAUUUGUGGUCAUCACUAACACGUUCGUAAGGUUUGAAUCUGAAAAGAUGGCAACCAACUGCAAUAACUGUGGAAUGACUUGUCAUCGAAGGUGUCCAUUGGUCCCACAGAAGCUGUUAUUUCUUUGUGAUCCCAUGAGAAACCGCCUGGAAAGAUCAUAUCAAAGAAAAGGUGGUAUACCAAAGGGCCCCCAAAGUAGUGAAGAAAUCAUAUAAUAAUAUAAAAUUAGAGUAUGGACAGGGACUAGGUGGAACAAUCACAGCGGAGGAUAUGGAGGAGAAGAUUCAGUCUGAGAUACAAGAAGCAGAAGACAAAGGAAUCAAACUGCUGGAGACUUCAUACAAAUGUGUGUCAAGACUGGAGGAGAUUGCACUAAGGCCCAAUCCAUUGACAUCAGAGGAAUACAUUGAUCUUCUGAUUAAUCAAGAGACAGAAAAUAUCAACAGGGUAAAGAAAUUUCAGGAAAUGAAGAUAAAAGCUCUGCAAAUAUCUUCAAUGACCAAGGAAAAACUUGAACAAGGAACGGGAUGA